AUGUCUUCUUCUUCACUGUUUCUAUCCACUUUCUUCAUCCUCACUGUCACCACCCUCACCUCACCGACGUGUGGACUUAUCCUAACCCUCGUUAACAACUGCAACUACACCGUGUGGCCCGCUAUUCAGCCCAACGCCGGCCACCCUGUCCUGGCUGGCGGCGGCUUCACCCUCCAUACCCUCACCCACCUCUCCAUCCCGGUCCCCGACGCCCAUUGGUCGGGCCGGGUCUGGGCCCGCACUGGCUGCACCUACUCCGGCACCGCCUUCUCCUGCGCCAGCGGAGACUGCGGCGGCCGCCUCCAGUGUAACGGUGCCGGCGGUGCUGCCCCCGCCACUCUGGCGCAGUUGGAGGCCCACCACGGUAACGGCGACUACGUCUCCUACAGCGUGAGCCUCGUGGACGGUUUUAACGUUCCCAUGACUGUGACCCCGCACGAGGGCAAAGGCGUGUGCCCCGUGGUGGGUUGCCGCACCGACUUGCUUGCCACCUGUCCCUCCGUACUGCAGCACCGUGUGCCCGCCGUUCACGGACCCGUCGUCGCGUGCAAGAGCGGGUGCGAGGCUUUCCAUACGGACGAGCUCUGCUGUAGGAACCACUUCAACAGCCCCAACACGUGCCAUGAGUCAGUGUACUCAUCCUUCUUCAAGCACUCGUGCCCUAACACUUUCACCUUUGCGCAUGACAACCCCUCCCUCAUGCACCAGUGUUCCUCCCCGCAUGAGCUAAAGGUUAUCUUUUGCCACUGA